CAAAGGGGCGUGGCUUGGUGACGUACGGGAAACGUUAAAGCCGACACGAACUGCCGAGCUCAUUACAAAGCUGAAAUAUUGCUUAUGUGACUCGACAACUUACACGUUUUCGUGUUUUUUUCUCGAUUUUUUUUAAAUACAGAAUUUACCGUUGUUGGCUACUUCAGAAGAACAGCCAACAUCCGUUUCUCCUCUCUUUUUUUUCAGCAGAGUGAGCGGAAUACGACAGCGGAAGAACUUGGUCACAGUGCAGCGUUUUUUGGGACUGCUGCAAUGCUGACAGAUAACAGAAAGCGCCACCGAAGCAGUGAUAGUGAGGAAAAUCAACAGCUGAGCCCUCAGGCCAAGAGGUCAGGCAGGGGUCCUUGCCUACUUGUAUCCGAUGUGGACUCUGAGUCGUCAAGCAGUGACAGCAGCAGCGGUGCCUGCAGUACGGACAGACCUAUGGUGGUCACGAGCAGGCCGUGCAUCCACAGCCAGAGCAACCGCAUUCCCCAGUGCUCCCUCAGCACCAAGCCCAAGGACUCGGCGAUCUCGGCACCGCGCGGUUUCCAUGGCGAUGGCAGCACUUUCUCCUACGACUCCAUCAACAAAGUGCUGAGAGAGGCGCACUUCAGCAGUCUACAGACAAGAGGCCGCCCGGGUUCAACAUGACCUGCGAAGUCCGCGACCCCCUUUACACGUCCCCGGUCCAAACGGCUUGGAGGAGGCUUGUAGGGGUUAAAGUGUGGAGACGUUUACAUAUGAUGGGCUGUAAGGCUCAUCCCCACCCCUGCCAUAUACCAUUUGUGAAGACCAUAAGCACAUUUGCCUUUUCAUGGCCCAGCCACUGUGGUUUACUGUGCAGUAUUGAUAUGCGUGUGUGUGCACGCGCCCUGUGCACUUUAUAAAGAGGUAUCAUUCUCUUGACAUGCGUGCAUUGAUGUGUGGACAUGUUCAUUGGUGCUAAUCACAAGAGAAGUGGGAUCCAAAGUGCUUGCAAAGUUAAU